AUGACUUCCAACAAACGUGCUCGCUAUGAUGAUGAUGUGGUUCAGGAUGGGGAGUUGACAUCGGCCGCGGAAGGCUUCUUUGAAGCUCUUGCCGAGGCUGGAGUUACGCACUGUUUCGUCAAUCUAGGGAGCGAUCACCCUGCCAUGCUUGAAGCCAUGAUUAAAGCCAAACAAGAGAAGUUGGCCAAGUUUCCCAACAUAAUCACCUGUCCUUCGGAAUUGGUGGCACUGUCGGCAGCACUUGGAUACGCCCAGGUCACAGGCAUCCCGCAAUGCGUCCUUGUUCACGUUGAUUGCGGAACUUUAGCCUUGGGACAGUCGGUCCAUAAUGCCUCGAUCGGCCGAGUCCCCGUCCUCUGUUUUGCUGGCCUGAGCCCCUUCACCCAAAGAGGGGAACUUCUAGGCUCCCAAACCGAGUUUAUUCAUUGGUUACAAGAUGUGCCCGAUCAAGCCGCAAUCGUUCGGCAGUAUUGCAGGUACUCAGCAGAAAUCAAAUCCGGCCGUAAUAUCAAAGAAAUGGUGAACAGAGCAUUGCAAUUCACCUUGUCCGAUCCCAAGGGCCCAGCCUACCUCAUGGCAGCAAGGGAAGUCCUCGAAGAGAAAGUUGAUAGAGAAUUUCUUGAAGAAGAAUUGCUCAGCCCUAUCGUUGCCAGUGCAUUGCCGGAUUCAGAGGUUGAAUACAUCGCAAAAACUCUCAUGAGUGCGAAGAAGCCUCUUGUUAUCACGGGUUAUUUGGGGCGCAACCAUAAUACACCUGCUCUGCUCGAGGCGCUUUGUGACAAGCUACCAAUUAGUGUGGUUGAAAUGGUCGGUUCUGAUGUCUGUAUCCGCAGUGACCACGAAGCCUAUCUUGGUGUGACAGUUACUACACAUCCGGCAGUUUUAGAAGCCGAUGUCAUCUUGAUUAUGGACUGUGAUGUUCCCUGGAUUCCAACUGCUGGAAAACCAAAGAAAGGCACCAAAAUUAUUCACCUUGAUGUCGAUCCACUGAAGCAGCAGAUGCCCCUAUUUUCUAUUGGUGCCAUUCGAAGACUCAAGGUGAGCGGCGAGCUUGCUUUGCAGCAAUUGAAUGGCUUUAUAGAUCGCCAAAGCCUGGACAACAAACAAUACUCUGCGGAAUUUGAGUCUCGCCGGGCGCGCUAUACAAAGUGGCGAGCGAACCUCAAAUCUCUAGAAUCACCCUCAUCUGAAGGCAUUGUCACCGUACCCUAUCUAGCAUCACGACUGCGGGAGCAACUUCCACAAGACACGACUUUCGUCAUGGAAGCCGUCACUAACGCAGGUCAUUUGAUUCAUCAUUUGAACUUGACCAAGCCAGGAAGUUUACUUGGCAGUGGUGCAGGUGGAUUGGGCUGGGGAGGCGGCGCCACUCUGGGCGCUAAGAUGGCCAAGCCAAAUUCUUUUGUCUGUGGACUAGUUGGUGACGGAACCUACCUCUUCUCGCAGAUGGAGAGCGUCUAUUGGAUUGCAAGGCGUUACGAUGUGCCAUUCUUGCUUAUUGUCCUGAAUAAUGGCGGAUGGAAUGCACCGAAGGUCUCCGCUUUGCUGGUCCACGAGGAUGGAUUAUCAUCAAAGUCCAAUAGAAAAGAUUUGAACAUAUCCUUUGAGCCUUCGCCAGACUACCCAGGGAUUGCCUCUGCCGCAGGGAAUGCCUGGGGGGCCACGGUCAAAUCACAGAAUGAGUUGGACCCUGCCAUCCAGCAAGCAACAGAGAUCGUGCAAGCUGGGAAGUGUGCUGUUAUUGAAGUUGCUGUACCAUCCAUUUGGAAAGAGACCUAG